CGCGUGAGUGUGCGCGCGUGGGCCGAUGACUGUAACCCAGGUGUCUCAACUCAGAGAUUAGAAGAGGCUAAAUAUGCUGAGAAGUCAUUCCAGUCACAGUGGGCCCAUAGGGACUAGUUUUUCAUAAUAAAACCAGUUAAUAGCUGUUUGAACUGGUGGUCUGACCUCCGCCCGCAGGAGCGCACAAACCGAGACAACGCUGUCCCGCACCACGGCUGUGUGAAAUCAGAGAUGGGGUCCACAGGACACGUCUGCUCGGUGCUGCUGACAGUGUUUCUGCUGGGGCUUCAUCACUCCUCGGGUUUCUGGAUCGUCAACGUCGUCUUCCCGCCGAACGCCAAACCGAGAGCACCAAGUAACAGCACUCCGCCGCUCAUUAUCGUGCCAGGGAACUUGGGGAACCGUCUGGAAGCUAAGAUAGACAAGCCAACAUUAGUCCACUGGCUGUGCUACAAGAAAACUGAACACUGGUUCCCCCUGUGGAUUGACCUCAACAUGUUCAUGCCUAUAGGUGUAGACUGCUGGAUUGAUAACAUUAGACUUGUUUACAACAGGACGACUCGGCGGUCAUCCAACUCACCAGGGGUGCAGGUGCGGGUGCCAGGAUUUGGGCAGACAUAUCCCAUCGAGUUUCUUGACUCGAACAAACUGGCUGGUUAUUUCCACACUAUGGUGCAACAUUUGGUUAACAUGGGCUACACUCGAAAUGAGACAGUCAGAGGAGCGCCAUACGAUUGGAGAUUAGCACCCAAUGAGAAUGCAGAGUACUUCACAAAGCUUCAGGACCUGGUUGAGGAGAUGUACGACCAGUACCAGCAGCCUGUCUACCUGCUGGGACACAGCAUGGGCUGCCACUACGUCCUCUACUUCCUCAACCACCAGGCACAGGCCUGGAAGGACAAGUACAUCAAGGGCUUCAUUUCCCUGGGAGCUCCAUGGGGGGGUGCUGUUAAACCACUUAGAGUCAUGGCAUCAGGUGAAAAUGACGGCAUCCCAAUGAUCUCCAACAUCAAGAUCCGUGAGGAACAGAGGAUGGCAACAACUAAUCCCUGGAUGCUGCCGUCAGAUAAAGUCUGGCCAAAGGACCACGUGUUUAUCUCCACACCUACCUUUAACUACACAAACCAGGACUACCAGCGCUUCUUCACAGACAUCAAUUUUGAGGAUGGCUGGUAUAUGUGGGAGGACACCAAGAAUCUCACUAUUGAUCUACACCCACCUGGUGUUGAGGUGUGGUGUAUGUAUGGCGUGGGGCUUCCAACUCCGAUAACGUACAUUUACGACGAGGACUUUCCAAACGUGGACCCAGUGGACUUUGUUUACGCCGAUGGGGACGACACAGUGGACAGCUUUAGCAUGAGUCUUUGCAAACGUUGGAUUGGACAGCAGAAGAAGCCUGUCCACAUUACAGAGUACCGAGGGCUGGCCCACCUGGACAUGGUGUUCCAUGAAAAGGUGCUCAACCAAAUCCAGAACGUCCUGGAGGGCAAUUCAGACACACCCAGAGAGGUUGAUGUCCGAUAUGAAACUGAAGAAGUAGACAAGAACAUUUAAGAUGUUAAAAAAACAGAAACACAUGGAGUACUGGAUUUUUACCUAGUUUAUAUUUUAGUAUGUUCAAGUAUAAAAACAAAACAGCACAUAAACAUAGCUCUAGCAUGUAUUAGCACCCCUCCCAGCCAAAGUAAGUGCAGCAGGUCCAAACUAAUCUAACCUUGAUCUAAACCAAAGGCUCAGUACUGGCGGUGUGGGUUUGUCUCUGAUUUGUUCAUUUCUCUUUCCAAGCUGUGUAUUUUGUUUUACUUUCUUUAUAUUUUAUGUUGAUUAUAAUGCAACUUAGAGUGGUAACAUUGGUACACUAACAAUAAUAAUGACAACAAUAAUAAUAAUGAUUAUCAUAAUUAUCACCACAAUGAUUAGAAAGCAUACAUAUUUUUUUGGUGGAGAUUUUUUUCUGUUUUGGUUUACUUUGAGGAUGAAUUGAUCAUCAGUCAUUCAUUGUGCACAUACACACACACACACCCAAUGACACAUACUUGUCACAUUUAUUGGGUAGUUAAGACUGAAUAAUGAAUAGCAGCCUAUUUUGUUAUGAUGUCACCAGUAUUUCUGUGUGGAUUUAUAUAUUUUUAGGUAUAUAAAUUAUUAUAUGAUCACUUUAUCCUCAGGCCCUUAGUACCAUCUACAUGCACAGUAAACCAAUAAUGUGUGUGUGAAAUCAAAGGAAUCUUUUAUAUUUACAUGUAAUAUGUGAAAUGUAUUUGUAUGGUUCGACUUAUAAUAAAGCACCUACUAUCACAAAAGUUAAUGUGUUAUAUGGUGGACUCAAGAAUGGUGCAGAGGGGGCAGUUGCCCACAUGUUUGAACAAAACAAAACAAAACAAAAAAACAUGACCAAGUGCCCUCCGAGAUGCCCUUUCUGUGGAGGAAACGUGAUGAAGUGCCAUAUAAUAAGUUAGAUUCGAUGUGUCUCUAAAUGGUUAAGUAAAUAUAUUUCCUGUAUAGUUGUUUUAACUUUGAAUCUGAGUCAUAUAAAAAAACAAUUUUAAUCUUAA